AGUCUGGAGCCUGCUUUCUCUAUCCUUCUCUCAAUGCCUGGUGCUGGGACACUGGCAGAAUUGCAAGGGUGGUCCUGAGCUGAAGCAGGACUUAGAACUACAGCUGCUGCUGUCAUUGUCACCACGGUUUCAGCUCUGGGUGCACUCAGACCCCGUCCUUCUUUCCUUCUUCCAAGGGGCAGCUGUCUGGACCCUUGGCCAGGGUUGGUGAACUGUCUGCCAUCUCACAGUUCAGCCCUCUGUAUCUGCCACCGCAUGGAAGCUAGGAGCCGGGCUCCCAGAAGACAGCUGUGCCCACCUGGAAUCACUUGGCUAGCCCUGGCCUAUCUGCUCAGCUGCUUGCUUGCCUCCAGCAAGGCCAAGGUCUUCAGUCGCUGUGAGCUGGCCAAAGUGCUGAAUGACUUCGGUCUGGAUGGCUACCGUGGAUAUAACCUAGCUGACUGGGUCUGCCUUGCUUACUACACAAGUGGCUUCAAUACAGCUGCUGUGGACCACGAAGCUGAUGGAAGCACCAACAAUGGCAUCUUCCAGAUCAGCAGCCGGAAGUGGUGCAAGAAUCUCUCCCUGAAUGGCCCCAACAUUUGCCGACUCUACUGCAGUGAUUUGUUGAACAAUGAUCUCAAGGAUUCUGUCAUCUGUGUCAUGAAGAUAGUUCAAGAGCCCCAGGGUAUGGGCUACUGGGAGGCCUGGAGGCAUCACUGCCAGGGCAGGGACCUCACCGACUGGGUGGAUGGCUGUGACUUCUAGGACCUUCUCUGGAUGGACCAAGCCACACACAGCUGGCUGGGAAGUGUGGAUUUGUUCCUGAUGCAGGCUUGGGAAGACAAGCCAACUAAUAAAGUCUAAUUUUACAUAA